AAAGUUUUAAACAUUUAAAAAAAAAAUCUAGUCAGGGUUGGACUUUUCAGUCAGGGUUGGACACUUUUUGAAAAUCGAAACGCAUUAUUGGUAAAAACGUAAAAUAACAUAAACGUUGGGUACUUAAGGUUCGUAUUUUAAAAGGUUUUAAAUUGAAAUUUUUGGUAAUUUUAUUUAAUUUUUUUUAUAUUGUAGUUCAAUUUCAUAAAAUUUUUAAUUGAAAAAUAAUUGAGCCUGCACUUAACAAAGUGUUUAAUUUUAAACGUAUGUUAUUAAAAAAUUUAAACCCGAAUGCUAAAAUGUCAUUUAUAAAAUUAAAAAUACACUGAAAAAAAAUUUAUUUGAUUCAAAUACACGAUUACUUGACUAUUAUCAAAUAAAUAUUUACUUGAACCAAAUAAUUUUUAUUUGAAUUAAAUAAAUUGUAUUUGAACCAAUAAUUUCUAUAUAUUUGAAACAAAUACCAUUUAAUUGACUCAAAUAAUAAUUAUUUCAUACAAAUAAAUAUUUAUUUGAUAAUAUUCAAGUAAUCGAUUAUUUGAAACAAAUAAAUUUUUUUUUCAGUGUAUCCUCCGGAUGUCGGUUAAUGUAUAUCCGUUACCCUAUUAUAAGUUUCUAAAAUAUUUAUUACCUAAUUAUUUAUGUUAUUUAACUAUAAGCAUUAUAAUGUUAAUAAAUAUUUAAAUUGUAAAAUAUGCAAUUCAUUAUUUAAUUAUAUUUAAUAAUGAUUAUGUAACGGUGACAUGACAUAUAACUAUUUCUUUAUUAAAAUUUUAUCGACUAAUUACAUAAUGACUAUUUAAGUCACGUGGUGACUUAAAUUAACAAUUAUUAUUUCAAGAAAACUAUAAGUAUGUCUGUAAACAUUAUCCAUAACAGGUUUUUUUUCGUAUCUCUGGGGUCAGAGUAGGAAAUAAUAACUUGAUGUAUAUACACGUAUCAAUGUUAACAUUUUUCACAUUAGUAUGUAAAAUAUUGAAAAAUGAUUUCAAAGAAACGACUAUAUUAAAUUUUAAAUCAAAAAGUCUCUCAGUAAAGUAGCGAUGUUCUGUUUGUUUGUAAAAAGUAUUAAAGUUGCACUUACAAAAAAAAAAGUUUUAGUAAAAAUGAAUUUGAUAAUCAACGGGAAAUAAAUUUUCUAAAUAGAAAAUUGGAGUUGACUUCGAAAUGUAAAUAGUUUAAUCUAUUUACUUAAUUCUUCAUUAGUCAUCUCUCAUUGCUGAUUAAGAAACAUUGUACAUUAAAUUUUCAAACAAAAAGUAUCUCAGUGUAUAGUAAACAUUACUUGAAGUACAUAUUCAAAAUACUUGUAGUUUUUUCAUCCAGUAAAAAUAAUUGUAAAAAAAUUCUUUCAGAAUAUUUUGUGUACGAUAUAAUAUAAUAAAAUUAUUUAUUCAGACUAUCUUGAAAAAAUUAUUUUAAACUAUAUUGUCAUUUCACUAUUAACUCUGUUAAAAAGAAGAACAAGAAUACAAUAAUUGCAUUUAAUUCACUUUAUAUUAGUAUUCAGAAUUUUCAAAAAGGUUCCAAAGAAAUGAAUCGAAAAUGAAGAUGUUGUUUUUUCAAAAUUGUUUUUCAAACCUUAGCAGAAGGUUAAAUAAAGAAGAAGUUAAUGAACAAUCACAAAGCGAUGGAAAUCGAACCCAACAGUAUUUUACAGCAGUUUGUGCAUGUACCAUCAUAGCAGCUACAGCAUCAUAUAACGUAUGGUCGUCGCCAUCUAUUCCUCACUUGACAAGCAAGAAGUUCAAAUUUUCUGUAACAGAAGAACAAAUUAUUUGGAUAGUAUCAUUAUACAAUGUUGGUGAUAUUUUUGGAGCAAUUCUAAAUCCUUUAUUCAUUGAUCGCAUUGGACGCAAAAACACUUUAUUACUUCUUUCUCUACCAAGCUUAAUUGGAUGGGGAUUAAUAAUUUUUGCACAAAACUAUAUUUAUCUCUACAUAGCGAGAUUAUUUGGAGGAAUUAGUAAAGCAAGUGCUUUUAAUUCUUUAUCAAUAUAUCUAACAGAAAUUUCUGACAAAAAUGUCCGUGGAAUGCUGGUUAAUAUGAUGCACAUAUCACUCUAUAUCGGUGUCUUCGUCUUUACAACAAUUGGAGCAUUUGCAUCUUAUGAAACUUUAAACAUUUCCUCUGUCUCAAUAUUGAUUAUAUUCAUUCUUAUAAUUUCAUUUUUACCUGAAACGCCUUAUUAUUAUCUUUUACAAGGAAGAAGAGCUGAUGCUAUGAAAUGCUUGAUGAAACUAAGAGGAAUAAGUUCAUCAGACAAAUUGGAACCUGAAAUACGUGAAAUGGAAUUAGUAAUUGACGAAGAUAAAAAAAAUACAAAAACAUUUGCAUUCUUGGAAUUAUUCACGAAAAGUUACAAUCGAAAAGGAUUGAUAAUCAUGUUCUUUAUGAGAGCAACCAUGAUGCUUUCAGGUAUUGUUGCUAUUACUGCUUUUGCUGAAGAUAUUUUUAGUCAAAAUAGUCUUCCAAUUAAACCAGGUGUUCAAGUAAUGAUUUAUAACGGAAUAACAUUACCAGCAACUUUAUGUACUGGCUUUUUUAUAGAUAAAAUUAACAGAAGAAUAUUGUUUUCUGCAACUUCUAUGUUGGGUUCAUUUUGCUUAGGUAGUGUCGGUCUCUUUUUCUUUCUCAAGUAUUAUCUUAUGACAGAAACUUCUUCAAUUGCAUGGUUACCAGUUGUAGCAUUAACAUUACUUCAAAUAUUUUUUAUUUCUGGAUUUGGAAUAAUUCCCCAUAUUUCUAUUGGCGAAUUUUUUUCAAUAAAAGUGAAAGGUAGUGCAGUUAGCUUGGGUAGAAUUCUCAUAUCCGUUAUUAAUUUUGCUACUACUGCCGGAUAUAAACCAUUGAGCAAUAGUUUUGGAAUCUACACGACUUUUUGGAUUUUUGCUUCUCUUACUUUUGUUGGAUCUUUGGUGACUUAUUGGAUCACUCCAAAUACAACAGGAAUGACAUUGGAGGAAAUUCAAGCAAUGCAAAAUCCAGAACUAGAGAAUAAGCUUAAUUUAGAACGCAAAUAUAGGAGAAAUGAAAAUACUUGAAAAUUCUUCAGUUUCUGUAGAAUAGGAUAAGUGUAAUCCUCCUAAAAGUGACCGAUUUGAUUUCUAAGUUGUGCAAAAUUAAUUCUUAAAAAUUCAAAAGAAUUUUUCUAGAAGCUAUUUUUAAAACUAAAACAUAAUUGUGACCCGGACAGUUAAAAGGG